CCUCGCGACAACGAAGAGGGCGGCAAGUACGGGACUGGGGUGAUCACGGCCACGUAUAAGGAGGGAGCAGAGGUGGAACUUGGUGUCGAACUCACCGCCAACCACCAGGGCUUCUUUGAGUUCAGGUUGUGUCCCAAUAACAACCCGAAACGUCCUGUUCUCAACUCCUGCCUCGACCAGCACCUUCUACACAAAGUUGACGGCUCAGGAACCAGGUACUACCCACCCCCCGGCACCCGCAAGAUGUACAUGAGG